AUGUCUCUGGCUGCUAACUCCACUCAGGUCCCCUUCUCUUUCAUUCUCAUGGGCAUCCCUGGCUUUGAAGUUUUCCACAUCUGGAUUUCCGUCCCCUUCUGUUUUCUCUACACUGUCUCUAUCACAGGCAACAGCACCAUCCUGGCUGUCAUUAGGGCAGAGCCCUCCCUACACGAGCCUGUGUACACAUUCCUCUCUCUGUUGGCUGUAUCUGACCUGGGGCUUACCCUCACCACUUUGCCUACAGUCAUGGGGAUCCUCUGGUUCAGCGCCUCAGAAAUCAGCUUCGAGGCUUGUUUUGCCCAGUUCUUCUUCCUCCAUGGAUUCUCCUUCAUGGAAUCUUCUGUGCUCUUGGCCAUGUCCUUUGACCGCUACGUGGCCAUCUGCUGCCCCCUCCAUUAUGCCAGCAUCCUCACCAACCAGGUAAUCAGCAGAAUAGGUAUGGCCAUCAUUUGCCGCUGUGUGCUAGCUGUUCUUCCCUCAUUGUUCCUGCUGAAACGACUUCCCUUUUGUGACUCCCAUCAUCUCUCCCACUCCUACUGCCUCCAUCAAGACAUGAUUCGCCUCGUGUGUGCUGACACCACCAUCAAUAACUGGUAUGGAUUUGCUGUAGUUCUGCUCAUCAUUACACUGGACCCCCUGCUCAUUGUGCUCUCCUAUGCACUCAUCCUGAGAAGUGUCCUAAAAACCAGCUCCAAGAUAGAAAGGCUCCAGGCCCUCAAUAACUGUCUGUCCCACAUUUUGGCUGUAUUGGUCCUCUAUGUGCCCAUGGUGGGACUGUCCAUGACCCACCGUUUUGCCAAGCAUGCUCCUCCAAUUGUACAUGUCACUAUGGCCAAUAUCUAUCUACUGGCACCUCCUGUGAUGAACCCCAUUAUCUACAAUGUUAAAAUGAAACAGAUCCGUAGAGGGAUUAUUCGCAUCUUUGUUCAUAGGCAAUAG